AUGGGUGGCAAAACGUGGUCUAGGCAGGAGGAACGCUUCUUCUGGAAGACAAUCGUUCCACAGUCUCCAAAGGCUGUGAAACCGGCUGAUCGAAUCCAUGACUGGAAGGUCUGCGCCGAAAUCAUGCAGCGAGAAAUGGGAGUGAAUGCUCGCCGCAAGUAUUCGAAGCUUAUGCUUUUCGAACAUUAUUUCCAAAACGUUCAGACUGGCCACAAGUCGCCUUGUGCCCGCGAGUUUGUGGUAGAGCACAAGCGUGAACUUGGUGAGUUUCGCAAACGACAAGUGCUGUCAGAUUCCGUGGCUGAAGAGAUUCCAGUGCGGUCUCAAGAGCGAAUGGUUACUUUGAUGCAAAGAGAGGCUGUCAUGGCCAAUCUCUAG